AUGGAGUGCCAAAUGAUGACUGAGCAUACUGCUUAUCCCGUCUUCUAUGAUGUGGAACCCACUGAAGUCCGCAACCAAAGUGGGGAAUUUGGAAAAGCUUUUGCUAAACAAGAAAAGAAAGAGGCUGYUGAAAAAUGGAGAGAGGCUCUAAAAGAAGCAGCCAAUCUUUCUGGGUUUGGAUUGAAGAACACUGUAGAUGGGCAUGAAGCUAAAUUUAUCCAAAAAAUUGUUGAAGAGAUCUCACAGGAGUUGCGAUCCAUCAAUUUUAGCGUCGAUGAAAAAUUAAUUGGCAUGGAGGCUCGAAUAAGGGAUGUUGUUUCAUCUUUAGAAACAAAUAUUGAUGACGUUCGAAUGAUAGGAAUCAAGGGGAUGGGAGGUGGUGGGAAGACAACUUUGGCGAGAGCUGUUUUUGAUCGAAUAUCCUUUGGGUUCGAAGGUAGCAGUUUUGUUGAGAAUGUUAGGGAAAAUUCAAAUCCGAAUUUAUCCCGUUUGAAGAAGUUACAGAAACAAGUUCCUUAA